AACAAAAGAAAUAGAGUAACUAUCCUAUUCUAGUGUCUGUACUAGACUAAACGACCUUCGUCGCUCGCUCGCGAAAACGAAAAUCACAAUGGCGUCACCAGCGGCGGCGAGGACGCCGGUCUCUACCGGCGCAUCUCCGAUGCAACGCCUCUCCACCUUCAAAAACCCCUCCUCCGCCGCCGCCUCCACCGCCACCACCACCACCCCCUCCUCCUCCGCCCUAGACUCUCUGGCCUCGGAUCCCAUCUUCUCCGCCUUCCUCUCUCCUUCCUUCUCCUCCACCUCCUUCUCCUCCGCCGCGCUCUCCUCCGGCUCCCCGGCCUCCACCGCGGAGAAGCUCCACCACGCGAUCCGCCUCCUGGAGAACCAGCUCCGCUCGGAAGUCCUCUCGCGGCACCACGACCUCCUCUCGCAGCUCUCGUCCCUCCACCACGCGGACCACGCCCUCUCCACCCUCAGAUCCGCGCUCUCCUCGCUCCAGUCCUCCGUCCGCCGCCUCCGCUCCGAGCUCUCCGACCCUCACCGCUCCGUCGCCGCCAAAACCGCCCAGCUCUCCAACCUCCACCGCACCACCGAGCUCCUCCAGCACUCCAUCCGCGCCCUCCGCCUCUCCAAGAAGCUCCGCGACCUCAUGGCCGCCGCCGACCCCGAAAAACUCGAUCUCGCCAAGGCCGCCCAGCUCCACUUCGAGAUCCUCAGUCUCUGCGACGAGUACGACCUCGUCGGCAUCGACGCCGUCGACGAAGAGCUCAAUUGGGUCAGGGAAACGGGAGAUUUGCUUCGCAGCGAGGCGAUGAAGGUUCUGGAACGCGGAAUGGAAGGGUUGAACCAGGCAGAGGUUGGGACCGGGUUGCAGGUUUUCUACAAUCUUGGGGAAUUGAAGGGCACUGUGGAGCAGGUGGUGAAUAAGUAUAAGGGUUUGGGUGCUAAGAGUGUCACUGUGGCGUUGGACAUGAAGACCAUUUCGGGUGGAAGCGGGUACGGUCCUGGUGGGAUUAGAGGAUCUGGAACGCCCCACAUUGGAGGAGGGGCUAAAGCUAGAGAGGCUCUCUGGCAUAGGUUGGGAAAUUGCAUGGAUCAGUUGCAUUCCAUUGCUGUUGCUGUGUGGCAUUUGCAGAGGGUGCUCUCUAAAAAACGUGAUCCCUUUACACAUGUUUUGUUGCUUGAUGAGGUCAUUCAGGAAGGUGAUCCCAUGCUAACUGAUCGAGUGUGGGAGGCCAUUACAAAGGCUUUUGCAAGCCAAAUGAAGUCUGCUUUCACUGGAUCAAGUUUUGUUAAAGAGAUUUUUACAAUGGGAUAUCCAAAGCUUUACUCCAUGAUAGAGAAUCUACUUGAAAGAAUUUCACAUGACACAGAUGUCAAAGGAGUGUUACCAGCUAUCAAUUUGUCUGGAAAAGAGCAGAUAAUUUCAGCUGUCGAAAUAUUCCAGAAUGCAUUUUUGGCUCAUUGCUUGAGUCGCCUUUCAGAUCUAGUGAAUUCUGUAUUUCCAAUGUCCAGUCGUGGUAGUGUUCCCUCCAAGGAACAAAUAUCAAGAAUUAUAUCACGCAUUCAGGAAGAGAUAGAAACUGUUCAGAUGGAUGCACGCUUAACUCUUCUUGUUUUGCGUGAAAUUGGCAAGGUUUUAAUUCUUCUUGCAGAACGAGCUGAAUACCAGAUAUCCACUGGUCCUGAAUCACGUCAAGUAAAUGGUCCUGCAACACCAGCACAGCUCAAGAACUUUACAUUGUGUCAGCAUCUGCAAGAUGUUCAUACACGGAUAUCAUCUAUACUUAAAGGAAUGCCCAGUAUUGCUGCAGAUGUGUUGUCUGCUUCAUUAGGUGUCAUAUAUGGUGUUGCCUGUGAUUCUGUAACAGCUUUAUUCCAAGCAAUGCUGGAUCGUCUUGAGUCUUGCAUAUUACAAAUACAUGAUCAUAACUUUGGAGUGCUCGGAAUGGAUGCUGCUAUGGACAACAAUGCAUCACCUUACAUGGAGGAGCUCCAGAAGUGUAUUCUUCACUUUCGCAGUGAGUUUCUUUCUAGGUUGUUGCCUUCCAGGAAUUCAACAGCUCCUGGUACAGAGAACAUAUGCACCAGGCUUGUCCAGAGCAUGGCUUCACGUGUUCUAGUAUUCUUCAUCCGACACGCAUCUCUUGUGAGACCACUUUCAGAAUCAGGCAAGUUGAGGAUGGCUAGGGAUAUGGCUGAAUUGGAGCUAGCUGUGGGUCAAAAUUUGUUCCCUGUCGAGCAACUUGGUGCACCAUAUCGCGCACUUAGAGCAUUUCGUCCUCUUAUUUUCUUGGAAACGUCCCAGCUUGCAUCAUCACCACUUCUUCAAGAUCUGCCACCAAAUGUCAUACUUCAUCAUCUGUACACCCGUGCUCCUGAAGAAUUGCAGUCACCACUGCAAAGGAACAAACUAACACCAUUGCAGUAUUCACUAUGGCUAGAUUCUCAAUGGGAAGAUCAAAUCUGGAAGGGCAUCAAAGCAACACUUGAUGAUUAUGCUGCAAAUGUGAGGAGCAGAGGAGAUAAGGAGUUUAGCCCUGUUUAUCCUCUUAUGCUUCAAUUGGGUUCUUCUUUGAUUGAAAAAGAUCAGACUUCCUCAAAGUCAUGAUCCAGUAAAGAAUUUGUAGUCUAGCAAAUUAAACCACAUCUGGUACUUCCCAUAUUGCUUCUUGAAAGUUAUUGAAAAGAGUUUGGUUGUGGAAACAUGAGGAAGAGGCCUGCUACUUCUGCUAGCAAGCAUGAGGUACAAACAUUUAAAUGAUUAAAUUUUUUUUCUUUCUUUCAUUUCUAUUCAUCUUCCUUCCUCCUUCCUUCCUUCCUUUUUUUUUUUUUUUCCUUUUUAAAUGAAAUUACUGUUAUUGGUUAAUCUCGAAUUUCUUGAUUAUUUGUUGUUACUUUCAAUGUAGAGAAAUAUAACCUUUUCAUGGAAUGUAGAAACAAGUGCUGUUGUAUACUCCCCAUGAUUAAUAGACAUGUAAACGAUUAUUUCAUCAUGCCUUA